GAAAAUACUUGGCCGAGGAACGGAACGUUGCUAUGUGUUCUGCCGCUUAGAAAAAUGAGUUACGUUGGAAGAUAUUAUUAUUGAUUUGUUUUCUUGAUAAUACAGCAAUCGGAUUAAAAUUUCCCAAAUUAAUUAAAGGAUACAUUAAUUUGCUUACUGAGAAUAUGUAUAUUUAUUUACUGGAGAAAAUUAAAUCCAAAACGGAAUAACGCUUGCGCGUAACGAUACUGUGUAUGCUAAGAGUUGAGUAAUUUGUCUACUACAAAGAGAAUUGAAUAUGUCUGACGGCGUGUUUUAAUUAAAAGUACAUUUUAUGGACUAAUAGUGUUUUAACUUCUUCUGAAGUUAUUAAAAAAAAUUUCCCAAACCUAUAUCUCGCAUAGAGUUAUGCUAUAUAUUGAUACUCUUGCUGCCGGCUGCCAAUCUUGGGAUAGUCUGAACGAAAGGAUUUCUGAAUGAGUACCAAAGAGAUGGAAGGGCAAGGAGCAUCUCAUUCCAGACCUGGACAGUUUACUCUUGGUGACAGAAUGAAUAUUGCUACAGAUAAAGAACUUAGUGAUUUACUUGAUUUUAGUGCACUUCCACUCAGCAGACCAGGCAGUCAUAUUUCACAGAUGUUCUCGCCGCCAGUUGCUGGUCAAGGAAUCAAAAAUGGAACCACAAAUAUGGACUCUAUGUAUUCUGGAGGAUAUAAAGCAGGCCUAGAUGAUGCAAAUUGGAGUAACAAUGGACAAGGCUCUAGUUAUGAUUCAAGGCUUUAUGAUAACCAAACAUACAAUGGACAGGCAAAUGAAAACAUGCACUCGUUUAUGAAUAAUGAUAUGUCUCUCCUUAGCAAAAAUACCGAUAUUCCCUAUAAUCGCUCAGGAUACUCAUCAAGGGAUAACUCAGUACCAUCUCAGGGCUUGUUGGGUAAUAGUAUGCCCAUGUCUCCAGAUUCAUUGUCUCCAGUAGCCAAACCAGGUUCUCCAUACUAUGGUUUUAACAGUAAAAGAACAUUAGAAGAACCUUUACGUGGUGCAAGAGCAGGAAAAUACACACCUCCCAAUCCUAAUUCACAAAAACGAAGGAAAAGUGGUUCAGUUUACUCACCUAGCCCAGAUGAGUACCGUCAAGAUUCACCGCAGUAUCCGUCUCCAAAACCAAGUAUCUAUGAGUCCUAUAUGUACGAUAAUCCACAUAGUUCUAGCGACCCAUGGUCUCAAAAUAAUGGCCUUCCUACAUCCUCAUACACUUCAUCAGUUCUACACAAUAGUAGCUCCCAUCAUUAUAGUCAGCCAUCAACUUACAGUGGCAUGCAUCAUACCCAUGACAUGGGUUACCAUACUGUUUCCCCAAAUCAUGAAGCUAUGCUAUCAUCAGGUCUUCCUCCUAUGUCAACAUUUCGCAGUAGUAGCAACACGCUACCUACUGUGCCUCCUGUGUCAUCAUCCACAUUUUCCAACACUUCACCUACAGUGAAUGGCUCUGAUAUUAUGCAGGCCUCUCGUAAUCAAGGAACUACACAAACAGGAGACACAUUAGGAAAAGCAUUAGCCUCUAUCUACUCCACAGAACAUACUAACAGCAGUUAUGGCUCGAACCCUUCCACUCCAGUAUCAUCACCUCCUCCUAUGUCAGGCCCAACUAGUCACUGGCAGCGACCAAGCACUCAGAGCAGCACUACCUCGCCACAUUUUGACAACCAUCUUCAUUCAUUACUACGCUAUAGCAGGGGAGAAAACAAGAACAUUCAGAAGCAAAGUAGGAUGGAAGAACGUUUAGAUGAUGCCAUAUUGGUUCUACGCAACCAUGCCGAAGGUCAACCAGCUCCCGGUAUGAUUCCAGGUUUGACAGGAGGUCCAAGCAGCAUAAUGCAACCACCGCCACAUUCCAAUGGGACAUCAGCUGGAAUACCAGGUGGGCCAAAUGCCAAUAUACCUUCUUACCAAAGCCUCUCAAUGGCUGUGGCAGCUGCUGCACACAUGGAUUCCCAUAUGGGAAGUCAUUCUUCGCUAGAGGGUAGAGGACAAGGUGGUUUAUCAGCUGUCCCAGAUCAGAAACCAUUUGAUGCAUCAUCUGGUAAUCAGUCCUCAGAGGGGCCAACGAUUAAAGUUGAAAAAUCUGACAAAAUGCAGUCCGACACAGAAGCUUCAAAAAGUGAUAGCAUUACAUUGGAAAAAAAUAGCUCACCUGGGAACUCAAAUGCACCCCCUUCAAAACGAGCUAGAAACAAGUUGUUUCCGGAAAAUCCUGACGUCAGUGAUGGCGAUGAAGAUGAUUCACCCGAAGCUAAAGCUGAACGAGAAAGAUUACGCAGACAAGCAAAUAAUGCACGUGAAAGGGUUCGAGUACGAGAUAUUAAUGAAGCAUUUAAGGAGCUGGGUCGUAUGUGCUCCUUACACCUAUCAAAUGACAAACAACAGACUAAAUUACUGAUCUUACAGCAGGCAGUCACCCUGAUCACAAGCUUAGAGCAGCAAGUACGAGAAAGGAAUCUUAAUCCCAAAGCAGCCUGUUUGAAGCGCAGGGAAGAAGAGAAGACUGAGGAGCUUCCUGGGCGGGCUUUGAGUGCUGAUGAGAUAGCCCAGCAGGCUGCUCUGGCAGGUAGCACGGCGUUGAUUCGCAGAAGUCAGCAACAACGAAGUGGUAGCCGAUCUGGCAACUCGGGAGGCUAUGGUGGCAGUUAUGCAGCUGGACAGGAAAAUAGUCCUCUUGGAUUUCAAGACACUGAUAUGACUGAUAGCAUGGGUUCUGUGGGUUCCAGUAGCUUGGGUUCCCCUGAUCCAACAAACGGCAACAUUAUUCGAGCUGGCCAAGGCUCAUCAGUCAACACACAUUUACUCAGCUCAAUUAUCUCUCAGGCUGCUGCUAGUUACCAAGGAUCUACUGCUCCUUAGUAUUUCCACACUUUUUUUUUUUUUUUUUUUAAUACUACCGGAC